CAACAAUGGAGGACGAAGAGUAUCUCGAAGAAGGAUUCGAUCCGAAAACUUUAAAAGUAGCCCAAUUGAAGGAAAUUUUGAACGACAAAAAUGUCAGUAUUCCUUCCAACGUCAAAAAGGCCCAAUUAGUAGAGUUGUUCAACCGUGAAGUCAAACUGGCUACUCCUGAUGCUGCCGAAGCAAGCAAGAAGUUUGAGUCAGCAGAGACUAAAUCUGAAGAUUCAGAGGAAAAGCACAAGAAGAAAAAGACAUCGAGGAAAGCAAAAGUAGCAAAGGAAUCGGAAUUAGAAGUGACAGAAAACUCAGGAAAAGAAUCAAUCAAUUCAGACAGUAAAGCUGAAGGUGGAGCUGUCCCAGAUGUCAAGACUCCUUCCAAAAUUACUCCAUCCAAAAAGACUCCAUCUAAAUCGAUCAAAGCGGAAUCACCGGCUCUGGAAGCGUCUGUGAAGAGUCCUUCUUCAGCAAAGAAGAGAAAGAGCGAGGGUCCUACAUCGAAAGAAAAGAGGACCAAGGCUGACGAGUCGUUAACAAAUGAGAAAUCUCCGAAGACUAUCAAGAAACCAAAAGCGAAGAGCCCAUCGGUCAGAAGUCCUAGGAGCCCUAAACUUGAACAGCAUAAGGCUCCGCUCUCUCCCCUUAAGAAGACAAAGCCAAAAUCGAUAUUCGACGAAGAUGAUGACGAUGAGCUUCUUGGACUAGUACCUAAGUCUGUCAAGACACCUGUGAAGUCAGAAAAACCGAAUACACCUAUCAAAUCUACUCAAAAAACUGUUUCAUCUGCAUCUAUCAAAAAGGAAUCUGCUUCCAAGAUAAAGAAGACGACUCCGAAGUCUCCGACUACACCAUCUAUAAGGACCGCAGUCAAGUCAGCAACUACUUCAACCAGAAAGAAGUCGCCUAAAGCUGCAUCAAUAGUUAACUCUCCAACUGGUUCCAAAGACGUCACUAAUAACUCUUUCAGGACUGUUGAAGAAGAAGUACAAAACUUCGACCAAGAAUUGCAAAGAAUAAAGAACAAGGAAACUGCUUCUAUAGACAUGGCAUUGGCUUCAGAAUUGGGUAUUGCUGUUCAAGGCUUAGCUCCUGUAAUUGCUACUCCAAGAAUCGAGUCUUCAUCUACUUCUAAAAAGAGCCCAGAAAGUCAUCACCAUAUUCUCACACCUAAGCCAAGGCUUGUCCCUAUCAAUCAACAGAUCAACGAGUUGAUUGAAGAACAAGACGAUGUUGAGGAAGAAGAUGAUGAAGAAAUCAAAGUUGAAAUUGACGCACACGGUGAAGAAGAAGAAGAAGUUGAACUUGAGUCACAUCCUGAACAGGUAAAAGUGAACCGCCCUUUGACUCCUGUCCUUUUUACAUUCUUCACAUGGAUUGUUAUUGUCUCUGCCGGUUUGUUUGGUUACUGGUACAGAGAACAGACAUUUUUGAGUGGUUACUGUGGUCAAGAGAUUGACAAGCCGACAUUUCCUUAUGCUGACAACGUCAUCUUGAAAACUAUUGGAAACUAUUUGGAUGCAAACUUCAAGCCAGAAUGUGUUCCAUGUCCUUCCCAUGCAAGAUGCUUCCCUUACCUUGAAUUAGGAUGUUUUGAAGACUUCAUUGAAUUCAAACCUUGGGACAACUUCUUAAAGCCGUACAAUAAGAAAUGUAUUCCCGAUUCCAAGAAGGCAGAAAAGUUGGAAAUCAUGAUCGACGUAGCGUUGGACUUAUUAAGAAGCAAGAAUGCUAAUGUUCAAUGUGGCCAGUCGACCAAUAACGAAGAAGCUGGAAUUGAAUUGGGCGACUUGCACGAUUUAUUGUUAUCUAUGAAAGCUCCCUACAUCACUAUUGAAGAAUUUGAAGAAUUGUGGCAGAGAUCUAUUAUUGAGUUGGAAAAGGAACCCGAAGUAAUUAAGGGAUAUUCAAGUGUACCACUCCCGGAAUUCGUUGCUAACUCUAACCACACUGACGAAGACCAGAACACGAACAAGGUUCUUCGAUCAGCGUCCUUAUCGAACCUUAGCUUAAAAUGUCAGAUCCAAAACAGUGUAGUGGGCUCGUUGGUUAAGUACAAGUAUCGGAUUAUAGUAUUUGUGGCAAUCUUCUUGGUAGUUAAGUAUGUUCAAUACCGUUAUCAAGUUCAUAGGACUGAAAAAUUGAAGGUAGAUAUCAUCUACAAGGAAGUAAUCCACAAACUUCAGCACCAAGCUAAGCUAUCAUCCCAAGUUCGUGGGAAGAUCAAUGCGUAUAUAGGAGCCAACCAACUUCGUGAUUUGAUUCUAGCCAACGAGCACAACUUGAAGCGCAGAAUCAACCUUUGGCAACAAGUGGUAGGCAAGGUUGAUCAAAACACCAACAUUACCUCUCAACUAAUUGAGGAUCAUGGUGAAAUCAUGAACGUCUGGCAGUGGAUCAGUGAACUCUAGUAUAUAUGUUGAAUUGUAUAAAGUAAAUAGAUAAUAGCAUGUAUAUUUUAAUAA